CCGAGGGUACAGCCAGUUAUCAGGAAAGCUCUGAUACUACCAAACCUUGUCGACUCCGGCUUGCUAGCUAGCUAUGUACUUAGCUAGCUAAUUUGGCUACAAGUACACCUGUUAGAAGAUAAAGAUCACAAAUUAAGGAUAGCAAACCGUGUCGGAAUGUUUCCUAAAAGGAAACUAGCAGAUCUUGUUUUCUCAACCAUAUCUAGCGCAAUACUGGCUAACCUGAUAUGAAUUUGGUCCAAUAACGUUAACGCUAGCUUUAGGUACCCCGACGCGUUAGCUAGCCUGCUAGUCGUGCUAACUACGUUGUUCAGAACACAGUUAACGUAAGCGAUCGAGCGUGUCGAAACGGACUGUUCGUUAGCUGGAGAGCUAAGCUAGCUAGCGAGCUCUUUUUGAAUUAUCUUUAGCUAUGUCGAAAGUGGAACGUCUGAACGCUCGCGUGACCAAGCUUCUAACGGUCGCCGUGCAAGAGGUACUGGAGGCGGUGAGGGAGACGGUCUCAGAAUAUCAGGAGAAAACCGCUCGGACACAGAGAGAAAAUGAGAGACUUCGGAAGAGGUUACACGAGCUUCAGGAACAAAUCAGCAAAAACGCUGGUGAGAACAGACACAGAACAGACCAAGCUGUCGCUACAAGCCAUAGUCUGACGAAUAUAACUGAACCUGAAUAUUUGUCACAAAGGGAGAAGAGCAUCAGCGAUGACAAAGGAGAGCCAAUACUGGCAGCGGAUAGAUAUCUCAGCGUUGAGUGUGUGAAUCUUGUAGAUGAACACAGUGAAUCAAGCCUGAGUCCCACGUCCUGCAGUCUUCCCCACCACAGCCCACCUCUGUUUUGUCCAUCUAGUUUGGUCCAUGUUGAGCCAAAGGUCCAACGGUCAACAUCAGGUUUUAAAGCUGAAACAGACCACCAUGUCUCGGUACCUGAACGCUGCCAAACAUCAGACUACCUUUCCCAGAAAGUUAUGUCCCCCAAACAGACAGAUGACCAUAUGACUGCAAAUUUCGAUUCUGAAUCACAAGCUGUUAAUGUUUUAACCAUCAACCCAACCCGCUUGACUGUUAACGAGAUCAAAACAGAAGCAGAACCUGAUGAGUAUGGCUUGUGUGUAUCCCAAAGUUUAGCUUAUGGCUCCAGAGCAUUUAGGGCUGACGGUGCCCAGGCUGAACAGGUCUCAGAGCAGCAGCAUCCAUGUGGACUGCUCCAGUUCGACUUGAAUGGGCCUCUGGAGAGGUUGACGGCCGAGGACAUGAACCACAUCAGUGCUGCUCUGGACGGAAGAGGCCCGGCAUGCGAGGACCUGCCCAAUGGACUGUCGUACAGACGUGGAGGCUACAGUGUGGGGCCUCCCCGGCUCCACCCCCGCCACCACCGCGUGGAGAAGCGCUUCUGCUGCGCCCUCUGUGGGCGUGGCUUCAGCCAUGCCGGAGACUUCAAGAAGCACAAGCGUGUGCACACAGGAGAGAAGCCGUAUUUGUGCACUGUGUGCGGGAAGCGGUUCAGUCAGUCCGGCUACCUGAAGAUCCAUCAGAGGUACCACACCGGUGAGAGGCCGUAUGGCUGCAGUCUGUGUGGCAAACGCUUCAGUCACUCCAGCAACUUUAAAAAACAUCAACAGACUCAUAUUGGACAGGGCUUUUAGGACCCCACAGCAACGAUGGAUUCUGUGCGUAACUAUAUAGCGACAUAGGAACUCAUUUUCCUCUUAUAUUUUAAUGUCCUUUAUUUUUCAGUUGAUUUUUAAUGUCACUGUAGCUCGUCAGACUGUUUUAAUGAAAUCGUGUACUUGUAAGAGGACUUUUGAGCUGUUUUAUAUGAGAAGGUUGUAAUGGUUGUAAGAAUACUGAUGUAAUAAAUAAUUGUACAGCCUAAUUUAUGUUUGUGUUUCUUACCUUGUCAGGGUGAAACAGACAAUUGUGAUAUUUGAAAGCAGCAGUCUGAUGAGGGUGACAUUUAGGCUUUGUUAGUGAACAGUUUGUUUACACACACACACAGUUGCACAGCAAAACUGUAUCAGUAACAGAUCAAUUUGGACAUUUUGCUUGAAAAUGGAAAACACAUUUCUCAUGACUGAGAAUCACAUUAUUGUGGGAAUAAACAAUAGCACCUUAAUGUUGAAUUAACCAUCA